AUGAGCUAGAAAAAAGUUACUAUUCAGGAAUAUAUCACAAACAAAGUGAAACCAGUUUUUGAUCAACUAAUAGCAAGGAUAGUCAUAGAGAAACCAGAUGAUGUUUAUGAAUGGUCGAUAAAUUGGUUGUAAAAUUAAAGUAAAUAUCGAUCAAGAUGAUUUAAGAAAGCGGUACCUAAGUGUAUUAACUUAUAAAUCACGAUCUCAGCGAAGAAGAAGAGGAGGAGGAGGAAGUAGUUUUAGAGUUAAAACAACAAUAAAAGCAACAAACUAGAGCAGCAGUUUCCGCUGAAGUUUAUGGAGAUUACAAUAAAAAGGAAGAUUUUAAACCCAGAUUUAUCCAGAAAUCAGAAGCCUAAAUUGAAAGGAUAAAGAAAAGAAUUCUAAAUUCGUUUAUGUUUUAAGCUUUGGAUGAAAAAGAUUUAAACAUUGUACUAGGAGCAAUGGAUGAAAAGAAAUUUUAGUAAGAUUUAUACUUACCUUAUUUAAGAGUUGGAGAAGUGGUAAUUAAAUAAGGUGAUGAUGGAAAUGAGUUGUAUGUUAUUGAUGAAGGAAGAUUGGAAUGCUACAAAAAGUUUACAGGAUUGGAGGAAGAGAAAUUGUUAAAGACCUAUAUUCCUGGAGAAUCUUUUGGUGAAUUGGCCUUAUUAUAUAAUGCUCCAAGAGCUGCUACAAUUAAGGCCAUAGAUGAAGUCACAACAUUUGCUUUGGACAGAGAAACGUUUAAUAACAUAGUCAAGUUUUCUGCAAUCAAAAAGAGAGAAUAGAUGGAAGAAAUCCUUAGCAAAAUUGAAUUGUUGUAGUCUAUGGAUAAUUAUGAACGAAUAUAAUUAUGCGACGUUUUUAAAGAAGAAAAGCAUAAGGCAGGUGAAACGAUUAUUAAUGAAGUAAAUUUUAAUUAAUUAAAGGGUGAAAUUGGAGAUAGGAUAUAUUUGAUUAUUGAAGGAGAAUUAGAGGCUUAUUGGAAGGGUUAGACUGAAAAGGUCUAUGAUUACAAGCCAGGAGAUUACUUUGGAGAAUUGGCUCUAUUAAAGAACACUCCAAGAUAAGCUACUGUCAUUGCAAAAGUAAUUGGAAUAUAUUAUCUAGACUGAUGUUGUGUUAUUAUAUUGUGAUUUCAAUUCAUUCAGAAGAUUGAUGGGUCCCUUAGAGGAAGUACUUAAAAGAAAUACUGAAAGAUAUGAAAAAUAUUUACAAUAAUGA